GGAAGCAAGGAAGCGAUAUGUGGGAGGAAGUGAGGAGGAGGAGGAACAAAAAAAAAAAAAAACUGAACGAAGAAAAACAUCUGGAGCUCAUUUGAACUCUGGGGGGAAAGAGAGAGAAAAUAAAAACCCGACAAUAAAAAAGCGUUUUAAAAACAUAAUUUUAAACCUUUUACUUGUUUGAUUAAAAAAAAAACAGCAUAGUCUAAUAGCAUAAAUUUUGGCACCCUAGGAUUAUUUGUCUGAGCAUAGACAGUUCAGGUAGCAGCUCGCAGCAGCUGGAGGUGUGUGUGGGGCGUGUACUUCUCUCUCUCGCUCUCUCUGUGUGUGUGUGUGUGUGUGUGUGUGUGUGUGUGUGUGUUUGCGCUUCCCUGAUGUCUAGCUGACCGAUCUUUCUCAGAGAGUGCUGCACUAAAGCUCUCACUCGCUUGAUCCGUGGAGUUUCACCAAAUAAAAUCUGUUUUACAUGCGGAAUUGUAAUUUUUUUAUUUUUAAAGGAAGGACGAUAGACUGUUUUUUUUGUUUGUUUGUUUGUUUGUUUUUAAACCCCGCCAAGGGAUUUUGUUUAUCUGCACACAUUUUUUUUGACACAAGCCCUGCUGUUGUAAUCGUUGUCGGUUGUUCCUGUAGUUGUCUGAACCCCCAGUGCUCGGCUGAGCGGAACUUUUUGGAGUGUUAUAGGGGGUUUUUUUUUCGAUGAUUCAUUGACUGAGUCGCUGUCCGGAAUCAGGAAAUCACUUGGGCUGAAAGCACUCUCUGACUGAACAGAAGUGAAGUGAAGUGAGCAGUGUGGAACAUCUCACCAGCUCGCUGUGUUCUUCUCUGCGCCGGGCAUCUCACAUGGGGCAACACAGAGGGACUUCCUGGGCCACCGAGACAUGACUCCAGGCUAGGUGCAGUCUCCUGGACCCAAAAUUUCAGACAGACAACUGGGUGAAUAUCAACAGAGACUAUGGAUCCCCACACAAAAUGCAUUGUAGACCCAUCAAAGAGCAAGUACUCUCAGUACUACAACUCAAGCCUCAUCAAACUGCACUAUAUCUGUGCCAAGAACUUGAGCGAGCAGGACUUGGAGGAUCGCAGAAAGGACAGUGAUGGGCACAGCUCGCUCAACAUCAUCUUCAUCAUCAUCUGCAGCAUCAUUAUUCUGGAGAACCUUCUGGUCCUCACUGCUGUUUUCCGAAACAAAAAGUUCCACUCGGCCAUGUUCUUCUUCAUUGGGAAUCUAGCGUUCUCGGAUCUGCUGGCUGGCUCGGCUUACAUCGCCAAUAUAUUUCUAUCAGGCCCAAAUACUUUUCAUCUAAAGCCCGUGCAGUGGUUCAUAAGAGAAGGGACUGUUUUUAUUGCAUUGGCUGCAUCAGUGUUCAGUCUGCUCGCCAUUGCUAUAGAGCGUUACAUUGCCAUAACCAAAGUCAAGGUUUACGGCGCCAAUAAGACCUGCCGUAUGUUCCUGCUUAUCGGAGCAUGCUGGGUCACUUCGAUCCUUCUUGGAGGUCUUCCCAUUUUAGGCUGGAACUGCAUCAACAAUAUGAGCGAGUGCUCGGCUGUCCUGCCUCUCAACUCUAGGCGCUACAUCUGCUUUGUGGUGACUGUCUUCAGCGUCAUCCUGCUCGCCAUUGUCAUCCUGUAUGUCCGCAUCUACCUGAUCGUCCGUUCCAGCCACCAGGAAACCACUAACUCGGCUUCCUACGCCCUGCUCAAGACUGUCACCAUCGUCCUGGGCGUGUUUAUUGUGUGCUGGCUGCCCGCCUUCAGCAUUCUGCUCCUUGACACCUCGUGCAGGAUGUCCUCCUGCCCCAUUCUCAGCCACGCCGACAUCUUCUUCGGAAUUGCCACCUUGAACUCGGCACUGAACCCGCUGAUCUACACGCUGCGCAGUAAGGACAUGCGGCGGGAGUUCCUGCGCGUGUUGUGCUGCUGGGGGAUUCUCCAGAGCGGCCGGCCAGCUGAACGUUGCUUGAUGCAGCUCAAGAGCUCGAGCUCGAUGGACCACUGUACCAGCAAACAUGAACAUCAGACCACUCCCAUCAUGCAGGACUGUACAACUUUUGUCUGAGCUUGGGGAAAGCGCCCAUGCUGCAUUGGUAAACGUCUCAGAGUGGUUUUAGUUCCGGAAGGAAGUUGAGGUAUUUGUGUUCGUAGAUUAAGCACGCGAACAAAAAGAUGCCCGAAGAAUCAUUCUGCUGUAGAGGCGUUAUGCGAUCAAAAGCGGUGACAGAGGUUUUGCAUGUUCCUUUUAACAAAGCAAUCAAUCCUGUGUGAUUUUUUUUUUCACUUACUAUGGACUCUUAGGAGCUAAAAGCAAGUAUUGCAAUUGUGGUAUGAACAUAGUCAUUUAUUGUUAUUGUUUUUGCAUUUGUCUAAGAUUUAUGACCUCCACUGAAUGAUUUAUAAUUGUUUUGAUACCGUUAUUACUCGCCAUGUCAUAUUUAGUCGUUGGGCGGUGACCAAAAGACCUUUUUUUUUUUCCUUUUUUUUUUUUUGCACUUUCAAGCAUAAAUGU